ACGAACCCGCGGCGGCCUUUUUCGUUACAUGGCGCCCUCUUCUUUCCUCUUCCUCGUUGCCGUCGUCCUCUUCGCGUCUCUGGUUUCUGCCGGUACCGUGCUCUUUCCGGCGGAGUCCGAUGCCUUCCCCCGCGGAGACUCUUCCUCCUACUCGAGGGAGCUGAUGAGCUCGGCCUUCAUGGAGAGCGGGUGGCUGGUGGCCCUCAGGAGACGGCUCCACGAGAACCCCGAGACGCGAUACGAGGAGCACAACACGAGCGCGCUCAUCCGGGAGGAGCUCGACCGCAUCGGCGUCCCGUAUGAAUACCCGCUGGCGACGACCGGCGUCGUCGCCCUCAUCGGUUCCGGCGAGCCCCCCGUCGUCGCUCUCCGGGCGGACAUCGAUGCUCUUCCCCUGCAGGAAAUGGUGGAGUGGGAGCACAAGAGCCGAGUGGAAGGGAAGAUGCACGCCUGCGGCCACGACGCGCACACGGCCAUGCUUCUUGGCGCCGCGAAGCUGCUCAACGAACGGCGAGAUCGUCUCAAGGGGACGGUGAGGCUGCUGUUUCAGCCAGCAGAAGAAGGUGGGGAGGGCGCGCUUCGCAUGGUGGAAGAUGGCGCCCUCGGGGACGCCGAGGCGAUUUUCGGGAUGCAUGUGGAUCCGAGGAUGCCGACGGGGACGAUCGCGUCAACGCCGGGAGAGUCCAUGGCUGCUGCUUGUGGUUUUCAAGCUGAGAUUAAAGGGGAAGGUGGCCAUGCAACGGUUCCCCACUUGAGCAGGGAUCCCGUCAUUGCUACUGCAUUUGCAAUUUUGGCUCUGCAGCACCUCAUUUCUCGUGAAACGGAUCCGUUUGGUAGUCAGGUGCUCUCUGUAACUUUUGUGAAAGGUGGUGAGGCACAUAAUGUCAUCCCUUCAACUAUGACAUUUGGAGGAACCAUUCGAAGUCUCUCCACCCAGGGGCUAUACCAACUCAGGAAAAGAGUCACCGAGGUAAUUGAGACACAGGCUGCCGCUCACAGGUGCCAUGCGACCAUAAGUAUGACCGCGGGAGGGUACACUCUCUACCCUGCUGUUGUAAACGACCAUGAUCUGCACCGUCAUGUUCAGAGCGUUGGAGUACUCUUGCUUGGUGCAGAAAAUGUGAAGCUUGGGCAGAAAAUUUUGGCCAGUGACGACUUCUCCUUCUAUCAGCAGUUCAUCCCCGGUGUAAUGCUGAACAUUGGUAUCAGAAAUGAAGCAUCAGGCUCUGUUCACCAUUUGCACUCCCCAUAUUUCUUUCUUGAUGAAGGGGUUCUUCCCAUCGGUGCGGCUCUGCAUACUGCAUUAGCUGAAUUGUACGUGAACAAUAGAUGGGAGUCGUCGAAACCACAUUGAUUACCUUGUUUGGUUUUUUAACUCAUAAUGAUAGAGAUAUAGCAAGUUUUUCUUGGGUGGUUACUGUGCACCCUAACAUUGUAAACUAUGCAAUGUAUAUGUCCUCUAAAUCUGCUUCACCAAUUACAUACACAAUCCGGCGUGUUGGGUAGUAUACCGAAUUCCGCCGUUUACUAGAGAUCCUUAGUUCUACCAGUGGAAGGGCUGGAGAUAAUUUUGGCUCAGUUCUAUAUGAAAAAACAUGACAAGCUUGAAGAUACUAAUCUUGGUUCAUUCAGCAUGUUUACAAGACUUGCAUCAACGGAUUUUAUUGGAUUUGUCCUCAGAUUCAGAAAGGUGUGGAGGAAGACCGCUGUGUAUUAAGUUGUAAACUUGUCGUCCUCUUAGAAGUUGCAGGCUGUUAAUUGAUUUUGGGGGUUGUUUAGCUUUCAAACAUACGGUUCCAUGAACAAGAAGGUUCAUAGAAUAGAAGAUAUGUAACUAUGCCAUUAGCCAAACGGCCUCUUAAAUUUGGUUGCA